CGCUGAGGCCGUGGCAGGGGCGGGCCGGGCUGGCGCGGCCUGCCUGCGGUUGAGUCCCUGGAGGGGGUGGGCCGGGCCAAGCCGGGCAGGGCCGGGGCGGGGCCGCUGGCGUUUCCGUUGCUUGGAUCAGUCUCAGUGCAGCUGCCCGAUCCUUCGGCGUCCUCAUCCAGGCGUUGCCCAGCGUACCGUCGCCCGGCGCUCCGCCGCUUUCCCGGUGGUUCGGGGCACUUGGGUCCCACAGUCUGGUCCUGCUUCACCUUCCCCUGGCCUGACUCGUCGCCAUGGCACAGGUUCUCAGAGGCACUGUAACUGACUUCCCUGGAUUUGAUGAGCGGGCUGAUGCAGAAACUCUUCGGAAGGCCAUGAAAGGCCUGGGCACAGAUGAGGAGAGCAUCCUGACUCUGUUGACAUCCCGAAGUAACGCUCAGCGCCAGGAAAUCUCUGCGGCUUUUAAGACUCUGUUUGGCAGGGAUCUUCUGGAUGACCUGAAAUCAGAACUAACUGGAAAAUUUGAAAAGUUAAUUGUGGCUCUGAUGAAACCCUCUCGGCUUUAUGACGCUUAUGAACUGAAACAUGCCUUGAAGGGAGCUGGAACAGAUGAAAAAGUACUGACAGAAAUUAUAGCUUCAAGGACACCUGAAGAACUAAGAGCCAUCAAAGAAGUUUAUGAAGAAGAGUAUGGCUCAAGCCUGGAAGAUGACGUGGUGGGGGACACUUCAGGGUACUACCAGCGGAUGUUGGUGGUUCUCCUUCAGGCUAACAGAGACCCUGAUGCUGGAAUUGAUGAAGCUCAAGUUGAACAAGAUGCUCAGGCUUUAUUUCAGGCUGGAGAACUUAAAUGGGGGACAGAUGAAGAAAAGUUUAUUACCAUCUUUGGAACACGAAGUGUGUCCCAUUUGAGAAAGGUGUUUGACAAGUACAUGACUAUAUCAGGAUUUCAAAUUGAGGAAACCAUUGACCGGGAGACUUCUGGCAAUUUGGAGCAACUACUCCUUGCUGUCGUGAAAUCUAUUCGAAGUAUCCCUGCCUACCUUGCAGAGACCCUCUAUUAUGCUAUGAAGGGAGCUGGGACAGAUGAUCAUACCCUCAUCAGAGUCAUGGUAUCCAGGAGUGAGAUUGAUCUGCUUAACAUCAGGAAGGAGUUUAGGAAGAAUUUUGCCACCUCUCUUUAUUCCAUGAUUAAGGGAGAUACAUCUGGGGACUAUAAGAAAGCUCUUCUGCUGCUCUGUGGAGGAGAAGACUAAUGUGUCACGGGGAAGAGCUCCCUGCUGUGUGCCUGCGCUUCCCCACUGCCUUCCUUCAGCACCUCUAGCUGCAUUUGUAUGCCAGGGCUUGACACAUUGCCUUAUUCAUACUAGCAUGCUCAAGGACCAACACAUACGCAUCAUAGAAGAAAAUAGUGGUGCUUCCUACUGAUCUCUGAUGGAGAUCUCUUUGACUGCUCUAGUACUUAAUUAUACUUACGUUACUAAGUUUAAUGCCUGGCCAUUUUCCAUUUAUAUAUUUUUCUUUAAGAGGCCAGAUUGCUUUUAGCCUUUUUUAAAAACUUCAUUUAUAUUACUUUUGUAACCAUGACACCUUAAUCAGAACCUUAGCCGUGAAAUUGUGAACUCUUGGAAAUGUUAUUAGUCCAAGUUCGCAGCUAAACUAAACCUGUAAAAUUAUGGUGAUUGUAUUCAAAAGAUUAAUGAAAAAUAAACAUUUCUGUCCCCCUGAA